CUGCCGGCGAGACUUUGACUUAAUCGACUAUUCUAAUUCACUGAUUGCCCCGAUCAUCGGCAUGAAUUAAUUCAUUCAGUCCUUGAGCGCCCAUGGGAACCAGCAUGGUUACAGUAUGAUUCGCGCGUUGCCCGCCCACGUCCGUCCAUCACCCGUCUCCGAUCCUCCGUGUUCUUGAAUUGAAUUGAAUUGAAUCGAACUACGCGCCCAACCCGACGCAGUCCGGGGUAGUCCUGAAUCGCUGAUCCCCCAAGAUAUGACCAGUACCGUUACGUCGCCCACAUUCGAUGACCAGCGUCCCAUCCCCCACAAUCCACGAUUAUCCAUGAGUUUCCGACACAGCCAGUCCGGGCGCCCGUCCACGCCGCAGCACCAGCUGCGGUCCAACAACUCCUCCUUCGCGAGCACCUCGUCCGCCAGCUCGUCGUUCCGCGGCGAAGAAGAUGCCAUCAUCUUCGAGUUCGGGGCGCGGUGGCUCCGCGCCGGGUUCGAGGGCGACAGCGCCCCCGUGUGCGUCGUCGGCUGCGGCCCCGAAGAUUGCAGACGCGCGGGCGAUUACAGAGGUUGGGUGAAGGGGGGCAGUGAUGAUGAUGGGUCGGGUCCGCUGGCUCGCACGCCGGAGGACUGGACGGGGCGGUAUGAGCUGUGGAAGAUGGAUCUGCGCGACGUGGACCUCGGCCUGGUGGAGGACAAGAUCGAGCGCAUGUUCCGCGAGACGUAUAAUAAGUACCUGUUGACGGACGCGGGCACGUCCCGGCUGGUUCUGGUCCUGCCGUCGGUCCUGCCGCAUCCGCUGCUGUCGUCGGUCCUGUCGACGCUGUUUGGCCGCUGGCGGUUCCCAAGCAUCACGCUGCUGCAGAGCCCCGUGGUGACGACCACCGCGGCCGGAGUGCGCUCGGCGCUGGUGGUCGAUCUCGGAUGGGGCGAGACCGUCGUCAAUGGCGUGUAUGAGUACCGUGAGAUCACGACCCGGCGGAGCACGAGAGCCAUGAAGGCGCUGCUGCAGGAGACGGGGAGGGCGAUGACUCGUCUUUCGUCGGCGGGAGGAGCGUCGGAUGAGAUUACGGUGGAUUUCGAAUACUGCGAGGAACUGGUGAGCAGGUUUGCCUGGUGCAAGCCUCGAGAGGCCAAGGAAUCCAGCCACGAGGAUGAAGCGACUCCGGUAGAGGAGAGGAUCGUGUCGAUUCCGUCGCCGUCGAGCCCGAGCUCGGAUUAUAUUGACGUUCCGUUCGGCACGUUCGCAGAGCCGGUGGAGAAGGUUCUCUUCGCGGAGGACGCGGCCGAUUGCGAUUUGGACGACGAGGAGAAACCAGUCCCGUUGCUGGUCUACAAUGCCCUCUUGGAUCUGCCGCCCGAUGCGCGAGGCACCUGUAUGUCGCGCAUCGUGUUUGUCGGCGGCGGGUCUCACAUCCCGGGAAUCCGACGCCGGGUUCUCGACGAAGUCGCCUUCCUCGUCGAUCGGUACGGCUGGAGUCCGGUGCGAGGCAAGGUCAUCGAACAGCAGCGACAGAAGCUGCAAGACCUGCGACUCAGCCAGCAACAAAUCUCAUCAACUCCCCCACCUACAGAAACCCCUGACCGCGAAAAUUCGCCCCGUCCUGUUAGCCAAGACGAAGAUCCCGAAAACGAAGAAGAGAUCGACCACAUCGAGCAGAAGAUUCGCCGCAACAACAAAGACAAGGACACCAAGCCGCAGAUCCAGGGCGUCCUGCGCGAGGUCGAGUCCCUCGGGCCCUGGGCCGGGGCCAGUCUCGUCUCCAGCCUCAAGGUUCGCGGAUUGGUCGAGAUCGAGCGAGAGAAGUACCUCCAACAGGGUCUUUCGGGAGCCAGCCGGGACUUGGAAUCGCAUGGCCAUGCCGCCGAUCGACGGUCCGGCUUGCGCUCCGGUGGGGAUCGGUCGAGUUGGACGUUGGCUGGGUGGGGUUGAAUGGCCUGUUGAUGUGAUGGAUCUUUCUGGAAUGUAAAGUGGCAGAUGGAGAGACGAGACAGGGAGAUGGACGUGUUUAUUCAUUCCUUGUGAUUUGUGCAGGUCCCGAUGAUAGAAAUGAUACCCGACUAGUAGUACCAUGAAUUAAAGUCCUC